AUGUCUGUCUACGUAGACCUCCCCUUCGAGCUCCAGGCGGCUCCCGCUGGCUUCAAGCCCGGCCAGUCCUCCGCCUCCACCCUCGCCGCUCCCGUCACCCACACCCUCCAGCCCGUUGGCCCCGCCUUCCUCGCCCACAAGCGUCGUGAGCUCAACGGCCUCUCGUUCGCCCAGGACGACAAGACCAUCGCAGACUCGCUCGCCGCUGCCGCUGCUGCUGCUGCCGCCAAUGGCGACGACGACGCCGGCGUCGGCGAGGAGGACGAGUCCGAGGAGCUCCUCGCCCGCGACCCCAAGGAGUGGAAGACCCAGGACCACUACGCCGUCCUCGGCCUCUCCUCGCUCCGCUGGAACGCCACCCAGGAGCAGAUCAAGAUCGCCCACCGCAAAAAGGUGCUCAAGCACCACCCGGACAAGAAGGCCGGCUCCUCGGGCCUCACCUCGGACGACUCCUUCUUCAAGUGCAUCGCCAAGGCGCACGAGAUCCUCAGCAACCCCGAGAAGCGUCGUCAGUUCGACUCGGUCGACGAGAGCGUCGACGACGAGGCCGUCCCCACGGGCAAGGAGCCCGCCGACAAGUUCUACCAGCUCUGGGGUCCCGUGUUUGAGCGCGAGGGCCGCUUCUCCGAGCCCAAGAACGGCGCCGUGCCCAAGCUCGGCGACGCCAACUCGACGCGCGACCAGGUCAACGAGUUCUACGACUUCUUCUACAACUUUGACUCGUGGCGCUCGUUCGAGUACCUCGACAAGGAGAUCAACGAGGGCUCCGACAACCGCGACGACAAGCGCUACACCGAAAAGAAGAACCGCAACGAGCGCGCGCGCAGAAAGAAGGAGGACAACGCACGUCUGCGCAACCUCGUCGACAAGGCGCUCUCCGUAGACCCGCGCAUCAAGCAGUUCAAGGCCGAUGACAAGGCGGCGCGCGAGGCCAAGAAGAACAAGGGCCGUCCCGGCGUCAACGGCGCCGCUGCCGUCGACCCGCGCAAGGCGGCCGAGGACAAGAAGAAGGCCGAGGAGGAGGCCAAGCGCAAGGCCGACGAAGAGGCCAAGGCUGCCGAGCAGGAGAAGUCGGCAAAGGCCGACGCCAAAAAGGCAAAGGAGGCCGCCAAGAAGGCCAUCAAGAAGGAGAAGAAGGCGCUCAACAAGCUCAUCACCGACAACAACUACUUCCAGUCCGCCGCACCCACCCCGGCCAUCAUCGAGGCCCAGCUCAACGAGCUCGAUGCACUCUGCGAAAAGCUCGAGGCCACCAAGCUCGCCGACUACAGGAAGAAGGCCGAGGCUGCCUCGGGCGCCGACGCCAUCAAGGCCGAGUUUGUCAACGCCGCCAAGGACGCUGGCAUCGCCACCUCUGCUUUCGCCUGA